UUUGAAUAUAAAGUUCUGCAAUUCAGAUUCUACUAAUACGACAAAUAUUAAUCAUCUACUACUUCGUAUUCUAGAGGGGUUAUACGUUAGUGUGUUUCCAACAAAAUGAGAAUAUCAUCAGUAACAUGUAGUUAGUGUCGGUCUUGAUAGGAAGCACCAACUUCCAAUAGAAUUAUGGUAUUGACGAUUGACAUCACAUAAGUUGAUUACGUUCACCAGUAGAAAUCUCUUGUGGGUUACAUAACUUUUAUAUUUUCAAAAUUACAGUUUUAGUUUAUUAUUUUUUGCAAAAUUGACUACAACGUUUUAGAAUCUAAGUUGGAAGAAGAUUGGUUGGCUUUUCAAUUCUACAACUACGGCUUGCACAAACAAUAAUUUACACGUAUAUAUACAGUAUGCAUAAUGGUUGAAUUCAACUUUUUUUGGCGAUUGCAUUAAUAAUUUAAUAUAUAUUUUGUUGUUUAGAGGUUCCUUCCUUUUAACUUCCUUAUAUCAAUACCCACCUUUUCCAGUAUAAAAGGACUAACAAGUCUUACCUUCAGUUCUAAUAUCAGAAAUAUUUGCUUAGACAUUAGCCUAAAAAAGUUUAAGAAAAAAAAUACAUCUUAGAACAUCAUGGGAUCAUUGACAAACUCUCAGGUGAUUCCUCUGACAAAAAUUUCUAGCGACGAGGAGGCUAGCCUUUAUGCCAUGCAGCUUGGCAGCGCGUCCGUGCUUCCCAUGGUUCUGAAAGCAGCCAUUGAGCUCAACUUGCUCGAGAUCAUGGCCAAGAACGAUUGCUUCUUCGGUUCUCAGAUGUCUCCUUCAGAGUUAGCAUCUCAUCUCCCAACCAAGAACCCUGCUGCACACGUCAUGCUGGACCGGAUCCUCCGGUUGCUUGCCUCACACUCCAUACUGACUUGCUCCGUACGUAAACUACCUGACGGUGGUGUAGAGCGUCUCUACGGACUUGACACUGUCUGCAAAUACUUGACUAAUAACGAUGACGGUGUCUCCCUUGUCACUCACUGUCUUUUGAACCAAGACAAGGUCCUCAUGGAGAGUUGGUACCAUUUGAAGGAUGCAGUCCUUGAAGGAGGGAUCCCAUUCGAUAAGGGAUACGGUAUGCCAACCUUCGUUUAUCAUGGGAAAGACCAGCGAUUUGCAAAUGUGUUUAACAAUGGAAUGUCAAACCACUCCACCAUUGUGAUGAAGCAGAUUCUAGAGGCUUACAAGGGCUUCGAAGGAUUAUCAUCUGUAGUCGAUGUUGGAGGUGGAAUAGGAGCCUCUCUUCAUAUGGUUGUUUCCAAGUACCCAACCAUCAAAGGGACCAAUUUUGAUCUCCCACAUGUUAUCGAGAAUGCCCCGUCUCUUGUUGGUAUUGAACAUGUUAAAGGAGAUAUGUUUGUUAGUGUUCCCAAAGGAGAUGCCAUAUUCCUUAAGUGGGUUUGCCAUGACUGGAGCGACGAACACUGCUUGAAAUUAUUGAAAAACUGCUAUGAAGCGCUUCCGGAUGAUGGAAAGGUGAUAGCUGUGGAGUGCUUAGUUCCAAUAGCACCAGACUCGAGCCUCUUGACCAAACAAGUAGUCCACUUGGACUGUAUCAUGAUGGCUCACACCGCCGGCGGCAGAGAGCGAACCGAAGAGUAGGAGUUUGAGUCUUUGGCAAGAAGAGUUGGUUUCAAAGGCUUCCAAGUCAUUUGCAGCGUUUUUGGCACUUACAUCAUGGAAUUCUACAAGAUAACUUGAUCACUUCAACCUUCCUGCUUCUGUUGUGUGGUUGUCUUUUCUAUUUUCUAUUUUUUUUUAUCUAUGUUAAUCGUUGUCUUGUCGUUGUUAUUGUUGAAUUUGCUUGGUCUGAAGUCUGAACCGUGAAGUUUUUUUUUGUUGUACAAUAUGUUAUA